UCGUUACCAGGUUCCAUAGCGGUUUUAAAGCGUGCAAUGCAUUCUGGAGUUGCUGGCGAGGUCUCUUUCCAACAUGGCGUUUCGCGUGGCACUGAGACGGUUUGGUGCUAGUAUAGAGCAGUUGGGCAUCCGCCACUGCUACAAUAACACCAGGAAAAACUUAAACAUCAACAAGGACACCAAAGUCAUUUGCCAGGGUUUUACUGGAAAACAGGGUACAUUUCAUAGCCAGCAGUCUAUUGAGUAUGGUACGAAUAUGGUCGGUGGUGUAUCCCCUGGUAAGGGUGGCAAGACACACUUGGGCCUUCCAGUUUUUGACACAGUGCAAGAGGCCAAGAAUGAAACUGGUGCUGAUGCAACUGUGAUCUACGUACCUCCUCCAUACGCUGCAGAUGCCAUUCAUGAGGCCAUUGAGGCGGAGAUUGGUCUCAUUGUGUGUAUUACAGAAGGGAUUCCCCAGCAAGAUAUGGUCAAGGUGAAGCGAAGGCUAACGGAACAGGGAAAAUCUAGAUUGAUAGGGCCAAAUUGUCCAGGGAUUAUUAAGCCAGGAGAGUGUAAGAUUGGUAUCAUGCCUGGGCACAUUCACCACCCUGGAGUGAUUGGGAUUGUGUCUAGAUCAGGGACCCUGACGUAUGAGGCGGUACACCAGACGUCACAUGUUAACCUCGGGCAAUCCCUCUGCGUAGGUAUUGGUGGCGAUCCGUUCAAUGGCACAAACUUUGUUGACUGUUUAGAGGUCUUCCUUAAUGACCCUGGAACCAAAGGGAUUGUUCUUAUUGGUGAGAUUGGUGGUGGAGCGGAGGAGAAGGCGGCAGAGUAUCUGGCUGAGAAUAACACUGGAGAUAAUGCCAAGCCUGUCGUGUCGUUCAUCGCGGGUGUAACAGCCCCUCCAGGAAGAAGAAUGGGUCAUGCUGGUGCUAUUAUUGCUGGUGGUCGCGGAGGGGCAGAGCAUAAGAUUCAAGCCCUGAAGGAUGCUGGUGUUAACGUGACGAUGUCUCCUGCCCAGAUGGGCUCUAUGAUGCGCAAGGUCUUCGAUCAGCAUUACAGUAACGCCAAUACAGAUAUAUAAUGGCUACCAAGAAUUGUUCUUAAAUAUCAUUUAGAGGAGUUGUAACAAAAUUGUUGCAAAUCUGGUAUUUUGCAAUCAUGAAAAAUACUGUUCUGCAAUGUAAUUAGACUUGAAUGAAAUUACAGUUGCUGUUUUACAGUAGAGCCGAUCGGAACCUUUUUUUUUGUAAAUUUACCUACUAUGCUUCUACUCAUGGAGGUUAUUGUAAAAGUGUUGUGAAGAACAACCAAUUCAUGCAAUGUGUAAAGUGAAUCGAGUUUUAGUAGUGACUAUAUUUUAAUGCUAAAUAAACGUCUAUUACUUGA